AUGGUCCCUGAGACCUGGGACCCACUGCUUAGGAGCUCAGAGGAGGCAGGCUCCACCCCCGACAUUGGCCAGGUACCUGGAAAGGGGGAGGCGGGCGAGGCGCAAGGCACGCCCUGCGGGCCACCGCCCGGCUUUCGACCACCACCACCACCGCCGCCGCCGCGUCCCCGCCCGCGGGCCUCGACCCUGCCGGGCCCCGACCCUGCCGGGCCCGUGACGCAUGGGGGCCCCCAGUGCGCCGGUCGACCGCCGCCCGGAGGUCCCCGCCGACGCCAAAAGACCACCCCCACAUACCCCCGAAACGGGCAGAGCCCUCCCCCACCACCUUCUACACCGGUACGGCCGCUCCCCCCCCCCCCCCGGACCCCGUCCUCCGCCCUCAACCACCGGGGCCCCCUACCCGCGCCCGCGGCCCAGGCACCCUCCUCCCUCCACCACCAAGGGCAGAGAGGACGGGAAGCGUGGCGCCAAGCGGGCAGGGACACGACAGAGGUGAGAGGGCGAGAGACAAGACAGCCGCGCGAGGCGUGGGGAGGGGUGGCCGGGAGCAAGCCCCGAGGCUCGGAGGGCGUGAGGAGGCGUCUGGCGACCGCGCGUCAGGCCCAGAGCAGCGGACGACGACCGGCUGAGGCAAACAGGUCCAGGGCCAGCGGCGGGACGCGUCGGGCAGGCAAGCGGCCCAGCGACGGGGAGCCGCCAGCCGUCACGCCGCACAGCCCGCAAGACGCGACCGGAGGAUCCGUGCUGUGCGGUCUGCGGCUGGGGGGAAGGCAGCCAUGGCCGGCGCCGCGGGCAAGGCGCCUGCG